GAUCACAGGGGAUGAUUUAAGUAGACAAGAGCUUUGCUGUAAUCUGCGAGCGGCGUGCUUUGUUUGAAGGAGUUGGACGAGGAUGCGAACUCAAAACCUAAUUUUCAAUAGGCAUAACGGACUUCGCUGCGAGGAUGUUAUAUUUUGUGACCAGUAAACUACAGUUCGCAGCAUUCUUUGGAGGAAGCCAUGUGUUUUAAAUGUAUAGUGUACACUCAGCGGCAGCCCACCCAUCCCCAGGCAGUAUCAACAUUGGAAUGUAGUUGAAAAACUUUUUCAGAAAGACCGUUUCCCUACGAAGCAAGACUUGAGUUUAAAAGAGCAGGCAUUUCUGUAUUUGCUGCUACCUAACUACUCUUAACUGGGGAUCUCCAUUCCAUGGGUAGGUUACAGCGCCGAAGGGAACUUCGUAGACGAUAGGGGUGUGACUCUUCUCUUUCCCUAUCUCUAGGCACAGAAAGGACAGCCUUCUUGCGGAGAAGGCGCGAGCCUGAUGGAAGGAGAAACUACCCAGAAGGCUCUCUGUAUGGGAGUAACACCCGGAAGAAAAAAAAAAGCCUUCAGUAGCACAAGAAGCAAAGUAACAGAGGAAGACGCGUUGCAGGCGCUGCGCACGAUUGUAACAGACAUUCAAUAAUGGUUUCUGGAAAGCAGCUUGCUGAUUUUGGCUACAAGGCAUUCUCUGGCUCCAUGAUGCUCCUUACUUUGUAUGGUGGCUACCUGUGUAGUUUCAGAGUAUAUCACUAUUUUCAAAACAGGAGCAUACUAAAACAACUCGAGCAACAGGAAAUAAAUGCAAAAGCAGUUAAGGACUGAGGACAAUAAUAACAAUUACAAGUGUGGUGUGCUGCAACAGAAACUCUUCAGAAAGUGCAGCUCUAGGAAUCCCUGCUAUGAAGAAUCACUUUUGCAGGCUGCAGUGCUUAAAAGGAUCAAAAUGCCUGUGUGAUUGUGUAGUAAUCAAAUAUUUCAUAUGCAGCUUCUUUCUGUAAAUAGGCACUGCUAACAGCACCUACCUAUAAAAGACGUAUGCACAGAACAGUUUCCCUUAAUAUUUUCAUGCACUCCUAUCUAGUUGAAGGAAAGAAACCAACAUGAGAAUGAACACUUGUUGCUUCAGUGUGCCUCUGACUGGCCGUACAAAGUCAGAAGAUGAUUCAGAGGGGAAGAUUUAUGGUACUUCAUCUAUGGAUAUUUACUAAUUUCCUGCUGUAGUUUUAAAAGCAUAUUAAGGGCAUUUCACACAUCUUUACCUCAACAAUGUUUGCAAGCAGGAAUAAUUUAUGCAUCUUCUACAUCUACCUUCUGAUAAAGAUUUAUGAAAAUAGAAAAAUUGCCAUAUUUGCAAAAGCAACGAGCGCUAAUGUAUCUUACAAAAGUAAAAUGUGAAAAUAUUUUGA